CCUCGGGCGAGGAAGAGACGCGACCAUAUGCGCAUGCCCCGAAUUUAUCACGGAGGGGCGGGGCUGAGGCUGCUGGAGCUGGAGGGGGGAAGAAAAGGGAAUUCCAACCUGUGGAACCUUGGGGGGUCCCCGGGGUCGGCGCCUUCCCAUUGACUGUGGGCGGUGCAAGGGACGGAGGCUCUGGUGGCUCGUGGGGGUGUUGGGGUCCGCAGGGGGAGGGAGGGGAGUGUCAGAGUGUGAGUGGGGUACGGGAAUUCCAAGUUUGCGGGCCUCCCGGUCUGACGCCGGGGAGGGAGAGCUCAGGCCGCCAUGCGGGACAGGACCCACGAGCUGAGGCAGGGGGAUGACAGCUCGGACGAAGAGGACAAGGAGCGAGUUGCGCUGGUGGUGCACCCGGGCACGGCACGGCUGGGGAGCCCGGACGAGGAGUUCUUCCAGAAGGUCCGGACAAUUCGGCAGACUAUUGUCAAGCUGGGGAAUAAAGUCCAGGAGUUGGAGAAACAGCAGGUCACCAUCCUGGCCACGCCCCUUCCUGAGGAGAGCAUGAAGCAGGAGCUGCAGAACCUGCGCGACGAGAUCAAACAGCUGGGGAGGGAGAUCCGCCUGCAGCUGAAGGCCAUAGAGCCCCAGAAGGAGGAAGCUGAUGAGAACUAUAACUCCGUCAACACAAGAAUGAGAAAAACCCAGCAUGGGGUCCUGUCCCAGCAAUUCGUGGAGCUCAUCAACAAGUGCAAUUCAAUGCAGUCCGAAUACCGGGAGAAGAACGUGGAGCGGAUCCGGAGGCAGCUGAAGAUCACCAAUGCUGGGAUGGUAUCUGACGAGGAGCUGGAGCAGAUGCUGGAUAGUGGGCAGAGCGAGGUGUUUGUGUCCAAUAUCCUGAAGGACACACAGGUGACUCGACAGGCCUUAAAUGAGAUCUCCGCCCGGCACAGUGAGAUCCAGCAGCUUGAACGCAGUAUUCGUGAGUUGCAUGAUAUCUUCACUUUUCUGGCUUCUGAAGUGGAGAUGCAGGGGGAGAUGAUCAAUCGGAUUGAGAAGAACAUCCUAAGCUCAGCGGACUACGUGGAACGCGGGCAGGAGCACGUCAAGACAGCCCUGGAGAACCAGAAGAAGGCGAGGAAGAAGAAAGUCUUGAUUGCCAUCUGUGUGUCCAUCACCGUCGUCCUCCUAGCAGUCAUCAUUGGCGUCACAGUGGUUGGAUAAUGUCACGCAUUGUUGGCACUAGGAGCACCAGGGACCCAGGGCCUGGCCUUCUCUCCCAGCAGCCUGGGGGCAGGGCAGAGCCUCCAGCCGGACCCCUUCCUCACACUGGCCCCUAUGCAGAAGGGCAGACAGUUCUGGGGUUGGCAGCUGCUCAUUCAUGGUGGCCUCCUCCUUCAGGCCUCAAUGCCUGGGGGAGGCCCGCACUGUCCUGAUUGGUCGGGACACACAGUUUUGUAAAAAAUUAAAAAACAAAAAAAGAGCGUA